AUGAACAGUGGCGAGUAUUCGUUGCGCUGGAAGAAAUACCAUGACAACUUGGUCGCCAACGUGUGCACGUUUUACGAGCACAGAAUCUUCACCGAUGUGACGAUCGCCUGCGACGGCCGACACUUCAAGGCGCACAAGCUGGUCCUGGCGGCCUGCAGUCCUUACUUUGAGAAGUUGUUCAAGGAGCAUCCUACCGAACACCCGAUAAUUUAUCUUAACGAUGUCAAUGGCGACUACAUGGAGAACAUCAUGGAGUUUAUGUACAAAGGCACGACCAACCUGGAGGCCAUGAAGGUGAAGCCGUUUCUCAACCUGGCGGAAAAUCUGAAGCUCAAAGGACUCACCGAGCGACCGAUGGCGGAAGACGAGCCCCGCCAGCCCCAUCACGAGCAGGACGAGGAGGGUCUGAGCACCCUGCCGAUCUACACACCGACCGCCGUGGCGCCGCUGUUGGAGUCCGUGCUCGAUCAUGAGAUGGCCGCGCCGGAAUCUUCCGGCAUGGUCGACUCCAUGACGGACGAGCAACCGGGUCACUCGAGCACUCCGCUAGACCGAAGCAACGCUCGGAAGGUAUCUGCACCACGCACCGCCAUAGAAUGUGUCGAAGCACUGAUGGGUAUGGACCAUAACAGCAGCUCGGAGGACGGGUUCCUGUCGGGAUCGUCCAGCGCACCACUCAACCACGCUCGCCAUAACAACCUCAAGCCGGCUAUCAAACACCCAAGAUCGACGCACACGAACGCCUCAUCAGAGCGCCAGCAGGAGAACGACUUCGACCGUGCGAUGGAGUACAACGAAUCGCCACCACUCAUCCUGACCGGGUUAUCCGAGUAUGAGCGCCCACGCUCCAGCAACGACUUUGGCGAGUCGUCCUCCUCCCGAUCGGAAGGUCCAUCGGUGAUGCGCCAGCUCUUCCCGAACGAUCUGCGCAUCGCGGCCAACGAUAAUCAACGCAUGGGACAUAUGGACAUACCGGCCGUCGCACCUGGGGAGAAGUGGUUCCAGGGAAGGUUGCAGUUCAUGUUAAGCCAGCGGGGGAAGCCGUUGCUGGUGCACGACGGGCACUCGUUCGGCAUCCAGUACAUCCGGAAGGACAAGAAGUACUGGCAGUGCAACUUGUCGCGGAAGUACAAUUGCAAAGCCCGGGUAACCACCACUGACACGGGCGAUAUAAUAGUGACAAACAACGAGCAUUGUCACACGGAGAUCCGGCAGCACCUGCGAAAGGACUACAAGACGAUGAAGCUAGCUGCCUCGCUGGCUGCCAGCCGAGCACCUUUUGCCAUAUCCUUGGCGCUACCGCCGCAAUCCAAUCCCGCGAUUGAGUGCAGCAGCACCACUAGUGCAACCAGUUCAACUGUCACUACAAACGAUACCCAUCCCAUCCAAUCCCUUUCAGGCCGACCCGAUACCGAGCAGGAGAUAAGAAGCAUUAAUCUUUCACGAAUGGAGCAAGUACCGCGAUUAAGCUCGUGA